GUCAUUUUGAACACGGAGGAUAAAGAAGAGGCAGUAAAAGGAGAAGUGAAAUUGAAUAAAAGUUGGCUGAUUUGGGUCAGAACCCACAUGUGGUCUAGUCUGGUCUGACGUGUUCCAGUCUCCUGAGAUGGGGGGCACUGUUUCUAAAAUGAGUCUCUCAGAGGAGCCAGAGAGCAAAGGUGGAACCCUCAGCACUGACAGAAAGAGGGUCCAGGUAGAAAGAGCAGGGUCACCUGUACCCAGCUGUCUGUCUAUGAAGAGUGAUCCCUCAAUGGAACCACCACUCAAGCUCAGACGAGAGGACACAGAGGAUCAAAGGGUCCAGGUAGAAAGAGCAGGGUCACCUGUACCCAGCUGUCUGUCUAUGAAGAGUGAUCAUUCAAUGGAUCAUCCACUCGACUUCAGAGGAGAGGUCACAGGGGAUCAAAGGGUCCAGGUAGAAAGAGCAGGGUCACCUGUACCCAGCUGUCUGUCUAUGAAGAGUGAUCAUUCCAUGGAUCGUCCACCCGACUUCAGAGGAGAGGUCACAGGGGAUCAAAGGAUCCUGCAAUCACUGGAGUCCAGCUCUUUGGAAGAGAAGAGUUCAGAUAAAUUAUCUCCCCCAAAACAGUCUCUCCUGCGCACUCUGUUGAGGCUGAAGAAGAAUGGAAAGUUGAAACUGUUUCAGAGCCAUCUGAGUCAGGACUGCCCAGAAUGCUUUAAGACUCUGUCUGAAGAUCCUUCUGUGCUGGAUAAGUUCAUGAAGAUGAAGGAAUCGUUCAAUAGUCAUCAAAGCCAUGACUACCCAGAAUGCAGUGAGAGAGAGCAGAAGGAUCCUGAGGUCCUGUACAUUGUUGAGAAGAUGCUGGAGACCAGUGGGAGUGAGAGGUCUCUGAAGAUCACACUCCACAUCCUGAGGAACAUGAAGCAGACUGAUCUCGCUGACUCACUGGAGAGAGAUGAGCAGCACAGUGAAUCCAAAAAAAGAGCCCAGCAGGAACUGAAAACCCAUCUGAAGAAGAAGUUUGAAUACAUAUUUGAAGGUUUAGCAGUGCAGGGCCACACAACUCUCCUCAAGGAGAUCUAUACAGAGCUCUACAUCACAGAGGGGGGAAGUGGGGGGGUCAAUAAUGAGCACGAGGUCAGACAGAUUGAGACAGCAUCCAAGAGACAAACCACCCAGGAGACUCCAAUCCUCUCCAAUGACAUCUUUAAGCCUUUACCUGGACAAGAGAAACACAUCAGAACUGUGCUUACAAAGGGCAUCGCUGGCAUUGGGAAAACUGUCUCUGUGCAGAAGUUCAUUCUGGACUGGGCAGAAGGAAAAGCCAAUCAGGACGUUGAUUUCAUCUUUACUCUUCCUUUCCGAGAUCUGAAUCUGAAAAUGGAAAGGGCAUUCAGUCUGAUGCAACUUCUGCACCACUACUUUCCACAACUGAAAGAGAUCAAAAGUGUUGAAGGUGAUGAAGUGAAAGUUGUGUUUAUCUUUGAUGGUCUGGAUGAAUGUCGACUUCCUCUACAUUUCCAAAGCAAUGAGAUCUGCUGUGAUAUAACAAAGUCAUCAUCAGUGGAUGUGCUGCUGACCAACCUCAUUCAGGGGAAUCUGCUUCCCUCUGCUCUCCUCUGGAUCACCUCCCGACCUGCAGCAGCCAAUCGGAUCCCUCCUGAGUGCAUCCACCAGGUAACAGAGGUACGAGGGUUCAAUGACCCACAGAAGGAGGAGUACUUCAAAAAGAGAAUCCGAGAUCAGAAGCAGGUCCGCAGAAUCAUCUCACACAUCCAGUCAUCCAAGAGUCUCUAUAUCAUGUGUCACAUACCAGUCUUCUGCUGGAUUUCUGCUACUGUUCUGGAGACAAUGUUGGGUAAAGUAGAGAGUGGAGAUCUGCCCAAAACUCUAACUGAAAUGUACACACACUUCCUGCUCAUUCAGACUAAUGUGAAGAAUCUGAAGUAUCGUGGCACAAAGAUGUCAGCAUCAAACCCAAAGAUGUCAGCAUCAGAUACAGAAAUCAUCCUGAAACUGGGGCAGCUGGCUUUUGUACAGCUGGAAAAGGGCAAUCUGAUAUUCUAUGACGAGGACCUGAGAGACAGUGGCAUUGAUGUCAGUGAAGCUUCAGUGUACUCUGGGGUGUGCACAGAGAUCUUUAAAGAGGAGCUUGGGUUGGAUCAGGAGAAGGUCUACUGCUUUGUGCAUCUUAGCAUUCAGGAGUAUCUGGCCGCCUUGUUUGUGUUUCAUUCAUGUGUAAAUGAGAACAGAAAUCUGCUCAGAGCAGAAGAAUCAAAAUCUUACAGUGGCAGAGUGCUGCUCUCUGAGUUAAAUGAGACUGCAGUGGAUCAGGCCUUACAGAGUGAGAAUGGACACCUGGACCUUUUCCUCCGAUUCCUUCUCGGCCUCUCUCUAGACUCCAUUCAGCCCCUCUUAGGACAACUUUUGACACAGACAGAAAGCAGAUCCCCUGUACCAGACCGACAGACAUGGACAGAAAGCAGACCAUGGAGCAUUCAGCAAACAGUCCACAACAUUAAGAUGAAGAUUAAAUCCGAAUCUUCCACAGAGAGGACCAUCAAUCUGUUCCACUGUCUGAAUGAACUGAAUGACAACUCUGCAGUGGAGGAAAUCCAGAAUUCCUUGAGAUCAGGACAACUUUCUGAUAAAGAGCUGGAACCCCACCAAUGUUCUGCUCUGGCCUUUGUGUUACUGAUGUCAGAGGAGAUCCUGGAUGAGUUUGACUUGAAGACCUACAACACAUCAGAUGCAGGUCGUCACAGACUGGUACCAGCAGUCAGGAACUGCAGGAAGGCCAUAUUGAACAGCUGUGACCUAGGAGAGAAGUCCUGUGAAAUUGUGGCCUCAGCUCUCCAGUCAUCAAACUCACCCCUGAGAGAUCUGGACCUCGGCUACAAUGACCUGGGAGAUUCAGGAAUGAAGCUGCUCUGUGCUGGACUGAUGAGUCCAAACUGUAAAGUACAGAGACUGGGAUUGAACAGCUGUGACCUAAGAGAGAAGUCCUGUGAAAUUGUGGCCUCAGCACUCCAGUCAUCAAACUCAACCCUGAGAGUUCUGGACCUCAGCUACAAUGACCUGGGAGAUUCAGGAAUGAAGCUGCUCUGUGAUGGACUGAUGAGUCCAAACUGUAAAGUACAGAGACUGGGAUUGAACAGCUGUGACCUAGGAGAGAAGUCCUGUGAAAUUGUGGCCUCAGCUCUCCAGUCAUCAAACUCACCCCUGAGAGAUCUGGACCUCAGCUACAAUGACCUGGGAGAUUCAGGAAUGAAGCUGCUCUGUGCUGGACUGAUGAGUCCAAACUGUAAAGUACAGAGACUGGGGCUGGGUUGGUGUAAUCUCACAGAGGGCUGCUGUGAUGUUCUGGCCUCAGUCUUGCGUUCUCCUCACUCAGAGCUGAGUGAUCUGGAGCUGAGAGACAACGAGCUGCAGGAUUCAGGAGUGGGAGCGCUCUCUGCUGGACUGGAGGACCCACACUGUAAACUGCAGAGACUGGGGCUGUCAGGCUGUAGAGUCACACAGAGAGGCUGUGAUUCUCUGGCUUCAGCUCUGUGUUCAAACCCCUCACACCUGAGAGAGCUGGACCUGAGAUACAAUCACCCAGGAGACCCAGGAGUGAGAGCGUUGUCUGCUGCUAAACUGGACACACUCACACUGCUUGUGGAACAUGCAGGAGAGAACAGGAUCAAACCAGGACCCAGGAAAUACGGCUGUCGGCUCACACUGGAUCCAAACACAGCACACAGAGAGCUGUCUCUGUCUGAGGGGAACAGGAAGGUGACACGCACACCGGGGAGAGUGGAGCCAUAUCCUGAUAAUCCAGAGAGAUUCCAGUCUGUGCCCCAGGUUCUGUGCAGAGAGAGUGUGUGUGAGCGCUGUUACUGGGAGGCUGAGUUCAGUCUGUCUGAGUGGGGAGUGGUUGAUAUUGCAGUGACAUAUAAAGGAAUCAGCAGGAAAGGACAGGAUGCUGGCUGUGUGUUUGGAUGGAAUAAAAACUCCUGGAGUCUGAGGUGCGAUAAACACAGUUACUCUGUCCGUCACAAUAAGAACCCCAAAGACCUACCUGCCCGUCCCUCCCCCUACCACAGAGCAGGAGUGUGUGAUGAUGGUGCUGGUGCAGGAGUGUAUGUGUACAGGGUAGGAGUGUGUGUGGACCAUCCGGCUGGCACUCUGUCCUUCUACAGCAUCUCUGACUCUGACACACUGACCCUCCUGCACACAUUCCACACACACUUCACUCAACACACACCCCUCUGUGCUGGGUUUAAUCUGUGGGAGGGCUCAGUGUCCCUCUGCCAACUGGAGUAGAGACACACACAAACACACACACAUACACACUCACACACACACACACCCCUCCACCCCCCCACACACACACAUAUAUACAGAACACACACACCCCUCCACCCCCACCCACACACAC